AUAUAAACGAAAAAAAAAAGAAUUAAACUGUCACGUACACGCUAAACACUCGUUCUUUAACACACACUUAAGCAAAAUCUUUCCCGCGGGCAAACUAUUGCUUUCGGUGUACAAACUGAGGGAGAAAAUUUAACCACAUCUGACGUUAUAAUUGCUGACUAUCUGAUAUCCAGUCGUUAGCAAUCUGACGUCCAUUGAAUAUGUACAGUUGUACCCACCCUUAAAGUAUGCAACGAAAAUUUUCAUCUCUGAUUGAUCUCCCAAACCUGAUUAAGCCGCCUCAAGCAUCUGUCCAAUUUGGAAUUUUGUGAUCCUCUCCUCUCCCUCUUUAACUGAAGAACAUAUAUAUGCUCUCACGCACACAGAACCGAACACUGCAUACCCAAAUCUCCAAUCAUAUGCAACGGACGGACAGACAGCUCAUUCUGCAGCAAAGGGACACCAAUUUGUCAAUUUCACAUCCCCCACAACCCAUAUACUCACCCAUCAUCUUGUCCCCCUCAUUUGCUUCAACCCCAGCACGCACGCACUCGUGUGCCCUCUCGAUCACAAACUGCAAAAAAUGAGUCCCCCAAUCAUGGCGCGCAAGAACUGAUUCUAGUUCUGCGACGAUCAGCGGAGUUUGGCGAUCUAGCUUGAUUACUCCUGCAGCUCUGCUUCUGGGCUUUAAUGGGUGAGUUAGUUUAAGUAACCUGUUCUUCUUUCGUUGAAUUCGGCAUUGUUCUGCGCAUUUUGUAUGAUUUGUUUGUUUGUUUUGGUCAUACUGGCGUAUACUUCUGCAGUUCCUAGCACAACAUUCCAUGUAGAUUUGUUUUCAUGGCUGCCCUUUUUUACUCCUCCCUUUCCCUCUCCUUGAUUUGGACAGUUUGAACCCCAUUUGAACUUGUGGUCCUACAGUGAUCUUCUCUGCUCUGUUCGUACUGUAAAGAAACCCAGCGAUCUUUCGCCGGAUACAAGUAUAAAUCCUCGGUUUCCUUCAACACUGUACCUCCAGUUCUUGGUGUGCUGAUCGAUUAACAAUUUGAAGGAUAUUUUGGUGCAUCAGUUCCCAUAGAUUUGUGAAUCGUGAGGAUCUUUCUCUGUAUCAAUGGAGAUCAUGAGAGAUGCUGCUUCUCAUUCUUUAAGUGUUUUCUCUUCUUGAAGAGAUGUGAGGGGGUCACAUCGUAAGCUUGCUUUUGCUGGGAUUCUUGAUGCUGCUUCUUAUUCCUUCCACUAAAGCUGCCCAUCUUCUUCCUCCUUUUGCUUUCUCCCUUUGAUCAGUUCGAUGUCCGCAAGAUUCAUCCAAAGCCGUGCCCGAAGCAGCAGUUGUUGCUGAUUCCAUCCCAUUCCACACAAACACCCAUCAUUGAUCGAUCUUGCUGCUGUCCAUGUUGGCCAAAAGCAAUUCCCAAAUCCCAAUGCAAAUCCAAGAAGUAGCGAUUCUUUUGAUGUGUCGUCACUGUCGCCACUGUGACUGUCCAUACAAGAGCUCACAUUGUUGCUGCUGCUCGUGUUGUUCUUGCCAAGAAGGAGGAGGAGGAGGAGCGGCGGCGGCGGCGGCGGCGUUGAGGCGGCCACCGCGAUGCUGAGGCGCGGCGCGGUGGUGGUGGACAGAGACGGUGAGGUGGUCGUCGCGACCAAGAUCCGGAAGCGGUGCGCGCUGUCGUCGUCCGGCGCGUCGGACCCGCUGAGGAAGCUGAGGCUGAAGAAGCGAGGGGUGGUGGUGCUCGGCCGGAGAGGCGUGGGCGGCGGCGGCGGCGUCGUGUUGUCGCCGUGGUCGAGCAGGAAGAUGUCGGAGUCGUCGUGGAACGGCAGGCGCUGCCACGGUGGCGCCGCCGCCGCCGCCGCGGACGACGGCACGCGCUCGGCGGCGUCGGCCAGGAAGCUCGUCGGCGCGCUCCGGCAGCUGAGCUCGCCCGACGACGAAGAUGCCGCUCGCCGGAGCUCGGCUCACCGGCGAUGCGUGUCGGUGGAGUUCUCAAAGAGAUCAAGAACAAGGAGCAAGGCAUCGGAGGCUGAUGGACAGAGAAGCUGGCACAACGGCCAUGGCCACUGGUUUCCAGACAUGCUCAGCAAUGGCAGCACAAUGGAGGUGCACUCAUGGCGAUCUCAAGACUGCGCUUCACCAUGCAGAGGGGGAGAAACAAUGGCGCCACACCUGAAGGAGGUGUGCAGCAGCCUGGCCGCGUCCAAGGAGCUCGUCAAGGCUCUCGCCGGCAUCUGGGGCCCCGGCGACGGCGCCCUGAACCCGUCGACGGCGUCGUCGCUGCUCUCCGCGCUGCGCGCCGAGCUCGACCUGGCGCGCGCCCACGCGCGGCGGCUCGCCAAGGAGGACCGGCGGCGCGGCGACGAGGCGGCGCGGGCGAGGGCGCGGCUCGCCGAGGACGCGCGGGAGUGGGGGCGCCGGCAGAGGGAGAAGGCCGCGGCGGCGGUGCGCGUGGCGGCGGCGGAGCUCGACGGCGAGCGGAGGUCGCGGCGGCGCGCCGAGAGGGUGAACGCCAAGCUCGGGAGGGCGCUGGCCGACGCGGAGAGGGAGCUGGCGGCGUCCCGGAGGGAGCUGGAGAGGGAGAGGCGGUCGAGGGAGCGGCUGGAGAAGGUGUGCGACGAGCUCGUCCGGGGCGGCCUCGUCGCCGCCGGCGGCGGCGGCAGGGGAGGCGAGGAGGAGGUGGAGGAGAUGAGGCGGGAGGCGGAGAGGGCGCAGGAGGAGCUGGAGAAGGAGCGGGAGAUGCUGCGUCUCGCCGACGAGCUCCGCGAGGAGAGGGUCCAGAUGAAGCUGCUCGAGGCGCGGCUCCAGUUCGAGGAGAAGAACGCCGUCGUCGAGCAGCUGCGCGACGAGCUCGAGGCCUUCCUCGGGAGCAAGAAGGAUCGGCAGCAGCAAGAAGAACCACCGCCGCCUGACGCAGACGACCACCGCCGCCGCCGACCCGACGGCCAUCAGUUUCAGUCCAUUCUUGUUGCCGUAAACAAGAACGGAGAUCACGAAGACGACAACGACGGCGACGAAGAAGACGACGGCGGUGGCCGCGGCGAGUGCGUCGCCGAAGAUUCAGACGGCAGCGAGAUGCACUCCAUCGAGCUGAACGUGGACGGGAACAGCAAGGACUACAGCUGGAGCUACACCACGGCUUCCAAGGACAUGACGACGACGGCGAGGUCCAAGAACGCCGCCGCCAUCGACCGGCGAUCGCAGGAAGGCGCCGGCGAGGAGGACCGGUGGGACGACGGAGGGUGCAGCGAGAGGAGCAAGGAUCUGGACGAGGAGGACGCCGAGAGGUACGAGGCGAUCAAGAACCUGAGGGAGCAGAUGCUGGCCGGCCAUGGCUUCGUCCUCGUGUCGCAAGAAUGGGGACAAUGCUAGCUCACUGACAUCGAUCUUCUCCCUCCCAAGCUUCGUCACCUUUGAUACUACGCCAGAUUUGAACAGGGAAGAUCUUGACAAGAGAGAAGAAUAUGUUGUGAUGAUUCAUAGUUGCUCUGUUUCCUCGAUCAAACCGUGUGCAUAGUUUUGUGUGGUCGCUAGCUUCUUGGGCGAUCAUUCUUUUCCAUAGGAAUGUGUUUGUGCUGCUGAAAGUGUCUUUUAAUUUAUACCACAUUUGCAUUCAAUUUUGAUGUUUAAGUUGGCAUUCCACACUUGGUACUAGGAUCAGAUAUCUCAAAAGUUUUUGUAAAUAAACAUAGAGAUCUGUUUGGUAAUGAAAUUUCUCAUGUAUACGUUUUGCCAAUUUUGAUGUCAA